AUGUCCGGCCACCCCCUCCCGACUACGACCCAAAUCGCCAGGGACAGUAUCCACCCCAGUGGAACGCAAUACCCGCCUGCCUCGUAUCCUCCGGACGAUCGCUCCUAUCCCUAUCCUCCCUCACAAUACCCCCCGCCCAACAUGGCUGCUAUCCAGUCGCAUCUCCAAGCUGGAGGCGAUCCCUAUCGCCUGCCUCCCCCUCCAGUCGCGGGCUAUCGACCUGAUGUCUACGCGCCCCCUCCACCGGCUCCCCAGGUCGUCUACCAGGCUGCUGCACCGCGUCAGCGCACUGCCAUUGCCUGCCGCUACUGUCGUCGGCGCAAGAUUCGAUGCUCUGGGUUUGAAACCUCGCAGGACGGCCGAUGCACCAACUGUAUCCGAUUCAACCAAGAGUGCAUGUUCACUCCGGUCUCCUCCCAAGCACAAGCCUUUGUUCCGGCCCACGCGGCCUACCCGCACCUACGUGGAAACCCCCAAGGUGGUCGCGGCCCUCAGCCGGUGACUCUCUACGGCGCUCAUGGACAACCUCUCCCUCCCCAGCAGCAGCCGCAAGGCCCCGAAACCACCCUCCCGCCGCCCCAAGGGAUGUAUCAACCGUACGGCGGAGCCCCGCCGCCCUUUGCGUCGUCCAUACCGGAUCCGAGGCAGCCAGGUGGCCGACGAGGCUCGGGCUCGGGCUACGAUUACCCUGAUCCUACAAAUCUCGCACCCGUCACACCCACCGGCUCCACUCCGGGAUACCAAACGCACACCGCCCCCGGUCCUUACUAUCCCCCUCACGAUCGGCGCACUUCGCCGCAGUCUGCCUACUCCUACGAUGCGCGCCAUUCUUCCUCGCCCCACAACUCCCCCUAUCCACCAAUGCAGCAGGGGGGCGUGACACCUCCCCCCCACGUCCACUCCCGGCGGCUCGGCUCGCGGUGGAUUGAAUGUGCGCGAUAUGUUGAACCCCGGCGAUUCUCACGGUCGAUCCACGACGGAUAG